AUGUCGUCGUCUGUCAAAUCACGCACGGCUGCAUCACUCAGAUCCUCCACACCAUCAGCACAGUCGGGAGACUUUUCAGAGAAGGUCCAGAUUGAGGCCCGCCAAGCUUGCGGCGACCGCUGCUGGGUCUGUGGUAGCCCCGACCCUCAGAUUGCCCAUAUCUUCGGAAAAAAGGACAAGAAGGUACGUUUUUUCCUAGACUUUGAGGCCAGAGAUAAAGAACAACGGAAAGCUUGGGGCAGACAGCGAAUUGUGCCUACUAGUACGGAAUAUUCCGCACAUUGCCGCAGCAAAUUCACUCAGUACUAUAAUGACGAUGAGACAAAUAUACACGGGCUUUAUCAACGAAUCUGCGUGAAACAUUUCAUUGCGCCGGACUUUUUGCCGCAAAUUGUUCUUGAACCUCGUCAGUGGCCGGGAGCCCCGGUCGCAACAUUGCGACAUGCUUUUAUGUCGACGGCCUCGGCUUUUGAAUUUUGGUCCUCUGAUGAACGCACAUAUAAUCAACUGAAAAGUCUGCAGCGGGCAUAUUUCUGGAAAGUUGAGGUCAGUGGUAGCGACCAAGCCAGCCCCAGCAAGAGCCAGGAUGAUCAAGGCGGCCCUAGUAAGAGCCAGAAGGGUGAACAGAAGCGUAAAAGGGACUCGUCAAGUUACCCAACACAUGGCCAGUGUCAAAGAGACGAUAUUUUCCUUUUCGGCCCUAAUAUGAGCACACAGGACGCGGUCUUCAGAUGGCCCCAUUUAUGCCACCGAUCCCUAACCAGCUUCCUGCCCUUUUUUUAA